CUUAAAGCACUUAAAGUGCACCGCGCAGAGCGUAAGCACCGCCCCCUUCUCGGAAAGUCAGCGGUACAGGUCGAAUUGAAAUGGCCCGCACUUGUGGCAUGCUGUUUGGCCUCAUGGUCGCCUUGGUGAUGACACAUGUGACGUCAGGAGCUGUGUUAUCUGCUCUGCCAUACCAAGAUGAAACAAGAAUUCUGCAUGAACCAAUCAGAACUUUGGUGCUCAACGUGGCCAACUUGCUCGUGGACCUCGGAGUCACUCUCUCGAUGGCGAUUGUUACUGCUAUCAAGUUCGUCAUACUCUUGCUGCACGCUAUAGGAAGCGCUUUGGGCAGGGAGCUAGAACUUUCUGGUUCCAUCAAGGAUCUGGAACGAGUCAGUGCAACAAUUCAAGGUUCAUCGCCUCCAGAAGCGAAGACUAUCCUACAAGUGCUUGAACACAAAAUCACAGAGCUGCUUAGGUGCAUAUUUGCCACACUGAGACAACUGCUCGUCAGCGUGUUGCACCCUCAGUUCUUCCCGCCAGCACAGCGCAGAGGUCUCCUCGCCUUGGCGCAUGAUGCAUUGAGUUAAAAGUGUCUCCAUCGGCCCAACGGGAUUUCCGUCACCAUCAGUAACGACACGUAUCCUAUAACAAUGCAUUUGUACCCCUCACUUCCGCACAGAGAAAUAUAACGAGUGAAUAAAGUAAAAAUAAUGCCGAUAUUUCUCACUGGUCCUUAGACAGCAUGAACAAACAACUUGAAAUGCUGCGCUACCAGGAAAAAAUUACAAUUAAACUAUUUUUACACUUGACCCAGAGUAUUAUACACAUUUCUACGCA